AUGCUCGCCAUUGAGCAAGAGUUGGCCACUCUUUUUGCGUCGAAAUCUUAUGUUGCUACGACGGAGCUAAAAAGUGAGGCUCCCAAGUCAAAAAAUCAAAUAAGGCGGGAAGCAAGAUCCGCUCUUCGCAAGUCGUUGCGUAGCGCAUAUUGCGAAGCAAAACGUGAGAAACAGCGUCAAAAACGGGCAAAAUCUGCUCGUCCACACACGAUAGAUACCCAAGAUUCACCCUCGGAAAUAGAUAAGGGCGACACAUGUGGCGCUGUUGUGCUAUCGAAUUGUGAAAGUCCGAUGGAAAUAAAGCCUGCAAGCUUCGCAACACAGCCUCCAAAUUCAUUGGAGACCUUGAACAGCGAGCAAACCAAGGAAAAUGGCGGAUGGGUUCUCUUUGACACAGCAUUUGAUGAACUUAUGCUUCCAAAAGAGCGAUCGUCAUUGGCGGCACAGCUAGCCAGAUGUCAUGGCAUGAACAAAAGAUCCCCGAGUGGCUUCUGCAAGAUGCUGAUUGGACCGAUUUCUCCGGAUUUCUCCUUGCUUUUGGAAAAAUAUUGCGCCAUCUUGUGGAAAAAUGUGACUCUUUUUGCAGAACUUCCGAAAAAGUCAGCUUUGCCUUCGCUAAAGGGCGAGGACAGUUUAUUUCACUCUGAAGAGCAGGCAGCGCCUGCACCAGGUAAGGGGGCGACAAAUCUCAAGAUUCUGUACCUGAGUGCGGAUGCAGAACAUGUGCUGACGGAGUCUGAAAUGAACGACCCGGAACUUUGCAUUGUAAUUGGGGCGCUGGUAGAUCGCAACAGACACAAAGGAGCAGGAAUGCGGCGCGCCCAAGAGCUGGGAAUCCCUGCUGCUAGGCUCCCGAUUCAGGAGUCCGGGGUAUCGCUGAACUCUUCCACCGUUUUAACAGUUAACCAAGGUUCGACGUUAUGCAUUUAUCCUAGUUUUUGA